AUGACACAAAGGAAUGCACGAGAGUAUAAACAGGUGGAGCAGGGAACGGCGUUGGAAGGAAAAACAAGGGCAGCAAUUGCUGUGGAGCAGAAUACGCAAGUGGAGAGACAGCAAGCAGCAUUGGCAGUUGACGUACGGGACGCAGGAGCUGGUGCCAUAUCUGCCCGGGACAGUGCUGCGCAAUGUCUGGGUGCGGAGGUGCGGCAGCAAGUGAUGGUUGCUGAUGCAAGAGACGGUGGGCAGGUGUUGGGGACCCAACGUGCAGCAGAUAUUUUUGCUGCAACAAUGCAGACAGCGAUGGCAGAUGAUGAUCCUAACUGUGGGCAGACGUUAGGAGUUCAAAAGGCAGCAGAGGCUGUUGCCGCACCUGGGGCAUCAGUCACCGCUCCAGCAUCUGGGUUGACAGACUCUGCUGCCGCAACUGGAGCAAGUGAGGAUCGAGCAACAAUGGGGACGGUGGAUGUUGCAGCUGCUAAUUUGGCAGUGGUGGAGUUGGCUCCAAAUGGGGGAAGAGAGCAGGCAGCGGAACUUGGAGAGAAGAGGGCGGUGGACACCAGCGGCACUAGCAGCAACUCUGCUCCAAAGGUAGUUGCGGGUACUGCCUGUGAUGAUAUCCCACGUGAGCCGCAAUGGCAGGAGCAAGAUAUAGGGGAUGGGGCUAUGGUGCUAGCUGAACAAGGGUCUUUAAGUGCAGCUGAGGAGGAGGACUUAAUCGGCGCUGCACAUCCGGUAUCCGCCAUAAUGGUGGAGCUCAACAUCGAUCAAGCCGACGUACUGGACCAACGGGAUAGGCGAACAAGGAAAAAAGGCGCUCGGGCUCAAUUCCCAUCAGAUAGGCAACUGCGGUCAUCGCUAGCAAUAUCCCAAAUAGAUUCUAUUAAACUGCGGUUACCAUUUGAUUCUGUAGUGGUUAACUUGUCUGCAGACAUAUGGGUGCUGUUUAGUGCUCCGAUUACAUGUACUAUAAUAGGUAAUUCUUCACAGCACAUUACGUUACUGGUGCAUCACCCGUGGCUACCAAGGUCGCUGUGCUUCUCGUUUGUGCAUGCCCGGUGCACGAUGGAGGAGCGGCGAAUUUUAUGGCAAGACCUGUUGACUGACAAACCCACCUCACUUCCGUGGUGUGUCUGUGGGGAUUUUAAUGUGAUCAUAGACCCUCACGAGAAGCGAGGGGGGAGACCAUUUGCUAGAGCAGAGGGUAUGGAGCUACUGUCAUUCAUGGAGGAGGCGGAGGUCUUUGACGCGGGAUUCUCUGGAUCCAGCUACACGUGGUGUAAUAAUCGGAGAGGCCGCGAACGAAUUUGGAAGCGUCUAGACAGGCUACUAAUUAAUGGAGCUUUCUCAGAUGCCGUUUCAUCUGUGUCAGUAGCCCAUCUGGCUAGACAUCCGUCAGAUCAUGCCUCGCUGAGGAUUGGUUUGGCAUCACGCAUGGAUAAUAAGCCUAGGCCGUUCCGCUUUUUGAAUCUCUGGACAGACAGAAAGGAUCUGCUGGAGGUUAUUCGAAAUGCAUGGCAGUUAGAGUGUACGGGUUCCCCCCUACGGAAGUUAUGUUCCAAAUUAGUAAAGGCCCGACGGGUGAUACAGGAGUGGAAUAAGGAGGCUUUUGGAAAUAUUUUUAUUGCUGUUCAAAGGGCAGAAUCGGACUUGUUAGCAGCGGAAAAUCGAGUGGAGGAGGAUGAAUCGGGGGACGCUCAAGUUGAGCUGCAAAAGGCUCAAGCAAAAUUGCGGCUGGCGUUGUCCAACGAAGAGCGAUUUUGGAGUCAAAAGACUCGCGUCAAAUGGCUCCGGCACGGGGAUAGGAACUCUAAGUAUUUUCAUGCUACCGUACAGCAACGAAGGGUGCAAGGGGCGAUUCAUAGGAUGCAGAAUGAGAGUGGAGCAUGGGUUGAGGACGAUGAGGGGAUUGCCUCCAUGGCAGUCCGGUAUUUUUCGGAGCUGUUCUCGGAGCCAGGAGGGGCGUCAGGGGACUUAUUGCACCUGAUUCCGCGUAUUGUCACGGGGGAUGAUAAUGAGACACUUGAAACAUGUCCGUCCCUUGAGGAGGUGAAAAGAGUGAUCUUUGCUAUGGAUGGGGACAGUUCGGCAGGCCCAGACGGCUUUACAGGUAAGUUUUUCACUUUUGCAUGGGAGGUUAUUGCACAUGAUGUCUAUCAAGCAGUGCUGAGUUUUUUCUGUGGGGCGGAGCUGCCUAGAUUUAUUACUUCUACAUCUAUUGUUCUAAUCCCGAAGGUAUCAAAUCCUCAGGACUUUUCGAAAUAUCGGCCUAUUAGCCUUUGCAAUUUUAUUAAUAAAGUGUUAUCUAGAAUUUUGGCGGAUAGGCUUGCGGGGAUAUUGCCAAAACUGGUGUCACCGCAACAGACGGGUUUUGUCAAGGGUAGGAAUAUAACUGAGAACUAUCUACUGGCCCAGGAAUUGAUGUCGGGAUUUAGACACCGGGCUAGAGGGGGAAAUGUAAUUUUCAAGUUAGACAUGGCUAAAACGUAUGACAGAGUCUCGUGGGGUUUCACUGUCGGUGUCUUGCGCAAAUUUGGGUUUGGGGAACGAUUCAUUGACAUGGUCUGGAGAGGUAUCCGUCAGGGAGACCCUUUGUCUCCGACUUUAUUCGUUAUUGGAGCGGAGAUAUUGUCAAGGGGGCUGAACAGUCUCGCAGCUCAAUCUGGCUUUUUGGGUUACACAGUACCCAGGGGAUGUCCCCCUGUGACACACCUGGCGUUUGCCGACGAUGUUCUGGUCUUUGCGAAUGGCUCGGCUACAUCCUUGAAGAAAGUCAUGCAGAUUUUAGAGCAGUACCAGCAAGCUUCUGGCCAGCUGGUGAAUGUCCAGAAGUGUAGUUAUUUAGUUCACCCAUCUAUGUCACCAUCGCGCCGGAGAGUAAUAGAGCGGAUAACGGGAUUCUCCCGCCAGCAGUUCCCCGUUCGAUAUCUAGGUUUCCCUCUAUAUCUGGGAAGGUGCAAAUCGGCCUAUUAUGGGGAGAUGUGUCAUAAGAUUGCCGCACGAAUUAUAUCAUGGAAGUCGAAACUAUUAUCCCCAGGAGGGAGGCUGGUGUUGAUCAAGCACGUCCUAACAUCCAUGCCCAUUCAUCUCUUAUCUGCUGCAGUGGUCCCUGGUGUAAUAUUUAAAAGCAUUGAGAAGCUGUGUUCCAAUUUCUUAUGGGGCUCAUCGCACGAGCAAGUGAAGCACCACUGGAUCCGGUGGUCCAAUCUAUGUUAUCCGGUGGAAGAGGGGGGUGGGGUUUCGGCAAGAUCAUCUUUGUGGUCUCAGUUCAUGCGGGCAAAGUAUUGUAAUGGGAUCCACCCCUGUCAAGCAACCAUCGCUCCGUCUGUGUCGGCAACGUGGCGCCGUAUGGUAAGUGUGAGCCGGCAUGUAGAAUUAUCUAUAUUAUGGCUGGUGAAUGAGGGGAAGUGCAGUUUCUGGUACGAUAACUGGUUGGGGAGUGGGGCACUUUUCCUUAGAGUGGCAGAUACGCCGCAUGUGUCCUUUGCGGAAUUGGUGUGCAAUGGGAGCUGGAAUAUCUAUCGGCUGACACAAAUAUUACCGCCGGAGUGUGUUGCUAAUGUGGUACGGCUCCCGGUGCCUCGCAGGGGGUUCCCUGACGAAGCUGUCUGGAUGCCUACGACGUCAGGGAAAUUUUCUUUAGCAUCGGCCUACCAAGAGGUCCGCCAGGUUCGGAAUAACUCAAUGGCUUUCUCCCGAAUCUGGCAAUCUAGCAUUCCAUUGAAAAUCUCCUUUUUCAUGCACCGAAUGCUACUGAGAAGAUUGCCCCUAGAUGACAUUCUGGGACGGAUGGGGUUUCAGUUACCGUCCAAAUGUUUCUGCUGUGUGCCUGCCACAGGAGAGGAACUUGAGCAUGUAUUUUCCACGGGACAACUGGCCUCCCAGGUCUGGAGUUACUUCCAAAACAUGUGCGGUGUAGUCGUCCAGGGCUCCGAAGUACAUGCACGUUUGAUUACGUGGUGGCUUUCCCCGGCGUUGUCUCGGCAGCAGAGGUUUGUGUUGGAUGUGCUCCCUAGUCUCAUUUGCUGGAAUAUUUGGAAGGCCAGGAAUAGAGCGGUCUUUGAUGGUAUCCAGCCGCAAGGCCAAGGUAUUUGUAAUAUGAUCGCUCAGGAUGCCAAAGCUGCGUUUGAGAUUCGGUUUCAGAAGGAGUUGGGUAUGCUGACUUUCCCCCAAUUUUAUGAGAAGAUCUCUUACCCAUCCUAUGUUUACAAUAUCAGAGUUGUCCGAUGGAAGGGGGGAGGCCAAGGGGUGCUGACACUCAAUACCGAUGGAUGCUCUAAGGGGAAUCCGGGUGUGUGUGGAGGAGGGGGGGUGGUCAGGGAUUCGAAUGGGCAUGCUGUGUUUGCGUUCUCGGCGUUCCUUGGAGAGGGCACGAGUCUACGAGCAGAGGCAUUGGCUGCCUUGGUUGGCAUCCGAUUAUGUCGUGCGAAGGGAGUUGAACGUCUGGCUAUACAAGCUGAUUCAUUACUGUUGAUUGGGAUAUUACAAGGGCGGCUACAUUGCCCCUGGCACAUUAAGAGGGAGGUGGAGCAAAUAUUGAGCCUGGCGGGGGAACGUCCUAUUUUCAUGCACUGUUAUAGGGAAUCGAACAAGGUUGCUGACAUCUUGUCCAAUGAGGGGGUUUCUCACCCGCUAGAAGAGGUUAGGAUUUAUGACAGUUGGUACACGAUUCCGAUGCUGGCCAGGGGGGAAAUUAGGCUGAACAGAUUAGGAGUACCUUCCAUUAGAAGAAUAAAGGGAACUAGGGAUUUGGUGUGA